AUGGAAGUGGUGGCGGUGGUUUCUAUCUGCUGGACAGCGUGGUUAGUCAUCCUAACUCUCGCACCAAACCAGACUGCCAAUUACCUGAUGAACACAACCGACUACGAUAACGGACAAUUCUGGCUCAUUUCAGAGGAGCUAUCCGUCUUACAAGUGCUUAGUGUUGCUGGGCUCUUGAUCAUACUCGUCCUGUACAUUAUCGUGCUGCUCAAGAUGGUGGUUUGGAGAGAAUACCACCACGUAGAGGGGUCACUGCUAGACCGAAUACUGGAACGGUGUGUACCAAAUAAAGCUCAAUCCGAUAACUGGUCGAAGCUGGACUUCGUACACAGAGUUUACAGGCUGAUUUGGGAGCUCUAUUUGUUCCUGAAAGAACUCACCAGUUUUCGAGGGAAGCACCGCAAAUUGUGGAACUUGUGCCUGAAGGCGUGCGACCUGACAAUGCAAUCUUUAAUGCUGUGCGACCUCCUGGAAGCUGGCACACCAGUCGGACUCACCUUUGGGUUUGCAGUAUUCACAGCAUUGAACUCGUUAUUAUGCGCCAUCGAGAUCAUCAACCACAGAUUCACUGCGUUUGCUGAAAUCCUCAUUGACUCGCUAUUUGAUCUUUGUGCAGCUGUACUCUUCCCCAUCGUGGUUCUCUUCUUCAGCGCCAAGAAUUUUGACUUUGAUCGAGCUGUAUUCCACAUCAACAUGGAGCUACUACCCGUUGGAAGUUUCGAAAGACGAGCAAGAAUGUUUGCUAACCCCACCGAGAUCGAACUCUUCCGCGUUUCUUUCAAUUCGCUUCGAAUUCGCACAGUGUCGGAUUAUUUCUUACGUAUUGGGAUGAAUCUUGGGUUUUCACAUCGCUUCAAGCGAGUGGUGGAAGUGCUGAUACAAAUGCAGAACCAGAGACACUCAUGUCAACGUACUGCUCCAAAAUCACUUGCCCUCCUGUAUUUGGCUUACAGUGUUGGGGUUAUGGUCGCCACACAGCGCUCUAUCUCGACGUCGCAAGCAGUUUGUUCUGCCUACCCGGAAUGCGCUGUCUUCGCAUACCGAUGGAGAGACACUGGGCUCUGUCCUUGUCUUGCUCUCAUCGACGUAAAUCGAGCGCCGAAAACGUACUUUGAGUGGACCCAGCCUGUCGAUGCUACAGAUACUGUCAAAGCCUUGGCAGCAGCAGGAACUCUGGAGACGUUUCAGCUAAUCAAUCGACAACUGUCCGUGCUGCCGAAUGAACUUCGACGGUGUCACAAUCUCAAUUACAUAUUAUUAAUCAACUGUGCCAUUGAGGAACUGCCGACAUGGGCUAAGGAAUUCCACAAGUUGCAGUAUCUGCAGAUUGAAGGCAAAGUGGGGAGUAACAAUUUAGGUAAUUUUGCUGACGACCUCUUCAGUGACAUGCCCGAGCUACGGUACCUGCAAUUGGGUCUUCACCAGAGAAUGAUCCGAUUACCAUCAUUGGAUGGUGUUCCCAACUUGUCUUGUCUGGUCCUCGCUCGCAUGAGUGAAUUUACUGCACUCCCUUCCUUCCAGCAACUUCAUCGACUUCAGAGACUCGAAUUUAGCGUCAUGAAGCACUUGUCCUGGAUUCCUGAUCUCGAAUCGGUUGGUACAAUUGUUCACUUUGCGGUGUAUCAAGGAGCGUAUUUGUGCUGCAAUGGUUUUCUCGGGACCUGCAACCUCACCAACCCGUUCUGUAGCGGUGGUUUGUGCCUCGACGACUCCUCACUGGAAGCUACACCCACAACACUGCAAGCUUUUAAAGACUUUCCGGAUAACGUCUGCCAGCCUUACUCUGGAAUCUCGCAAACCCCAACAACUGCCAUGAUUCAGAUGUGCGAUGGAGUCCCAUAUCGACAGUGUCAUUUACCUGGUCUCGAGCCCAGUACGUGGAUCGUGGGGAUGUGCUACAACCAUCGAAUGCAGGUUCUAGCCUGCAAUCCAGACCCUGCAAAGAUCCAAGUUCGUCGGCGACAGAUCCAAGAAGGAAUCGGUAUCCCAUGUGAUGUCGAAGAAGCGUGGUUAGGCUGUACUAGAAUGACUUAA